AUGAGCUCCCUGCCGGACGAGCCCUACUAUCCGCCGGAGCUGCUCGGCGAUCCUGUCCUCUUCGACUGGAUCGCCAUCAAAGACGCCCUCGGACGCAUUGCCAGGGCCGCCGUCGGCGCCGUCCAGUCAGCAGUCUUCUGGCUGGUGCUGAUCCAGGUCGAUGCCGCCAUCCUGCUUGCCAAUCUCCUGCUGCCGUACCGGAGCGCACCUGUCCACGGUCGCGCUCACGGUGUCGUCGACGGCGACGGUGUGUCGCGACGUCGGCGCCGCGUCCAUUACAUCUCGCACCGCCGCAGCCGGGUGGCCGUGGGCGCCGGUGGGGCUGCGGCUGCGGCCGCGACCGGCAGCGAGAUCGUGAGCCACUCGUUCUCUCCCCUGCAGCCGCCCCGCAUCUGGCAUGCGCCCUUCUCCUUCCUCCUGUGCCAGCUCGCCUUCUUCUUUGGCGCCACCGACGGCCGCGGCCCCGAGUGGCUCAGGUGGUGGUCCGCCUGGUCCGGUAUCGGCUGGCGCGGCGAUUGGGGGCUCGCCGACUGGCCAAAGGAGUGGGACCUUCGCAGCCCCUGCCCGCCGCUCAACGCCCUCGCCAACCACGGCAUCCUGCCCCUCGACGGCCGCGGCAUCCGUCCCCACCAGCUGGCCUCUGCCGUCAUGCACACCUUCAACCUCUCUCCCACGCUCGCGCUGGCGCUCACGUGGACUGCAGAGCCGCUCUGGCGGCACCGCGGCGAGUUUGACCUGAGCGACCUGUGCGCCCACAACGUCGUCGAACGCGACGCCAGCCUGCUGCGCCCGGACGUCAACUCGGUCGAGCAAAAGAAGGACGACCAGGCGCAGGAGCACUCGUGGCCGGGCUUGGUCGAUGCGCUGCUGCCGACGUCCGAGAGCGAGUUGCUGCGAGAGGCCAAAGCGGCGGGCGCGCAAGCCGGCGGCUGGGACGGCCCCAAGGCCACUGCCUAUCAAGUGCCGCACCUCAGCCUCGCCAACCUCGCCGACGCCAUCGCUGCGCGCCGUCUGCAGUGCGCCGCCAGCGAUGGUCAGUACAGCCUCCGCCUCGGUCAAAAGGUCCACGCCAGCUUCAAGACCGCCCUGCUCCACGGCUUGCUCGGCGGCAAGAUUAGCGACCUUCGCCGGUUCGUUGGCGGCACGCAGUACGUCGACGUGGACCUCGCCAGCAGCGACCAGGGUGCCCGCAGCGCCGAGGGCGAGGUCCAGUACCUGUCUGGCCUCGAGCACAUCCCUUCGGGCUGGCAGCCUGCAAGCACGGCCUGCUUCGGAAUGACGCUGCUCGAGGCCCUGUGGCGCGGCAUCAAGGUCGAACUGGCCGUCGGCGACACGGCUGUGCCGCGCAAGGUCGGCUGGAAGUCGCCCGAGGACGUCUUGGGCGGCGGUCGGUCUAGCUCCCGCCGCCGCGAUCGGGACAUGGCUGGCUACAGCGUACCGGCCAAGCAGCGCCGCACCUGGCCACCGCGGCCGGUCGCCGUACAGGCCCAGGCGGAGACCGAGGCGGAAGCGCAGUUCCCGAGCAGCGAGAGCACGCUCGGCGGCGCUCCCUACGGACAGGCGGCGGGGGCGGCGGCGGCACCGGAACGGGAGCUCGAGAGGCCCAGGACCGUCAGCUUCGAUGUCGGAGGCGCGUCGGAAGCGGUCGAGCCCGCUCAGCCGCAGUCUGCCGAGCCCUGA